AUGCCCUCGAAAUGGAUUUGCGAACUCAUAGCGCUCCUUGGUGCACUCUCACUGGCGAAUACAGCUCCAAUAGCAGACAGGAGCUUAGUGGCACACUCUGGCCUGUCAGAUGUCUUGAUCAUCAUUUGGGGACAAGGCCUUCCCGGGAUGGAUGUAGCAAUGACCGCUACUAAUAACACGACUCCAAUCUCAAUCUGGAAUGAUUUCAACAGUACAUAUUCGACUCUUGGUAAACGAGCCCCAAUCACCCUCUACCUUCCUGGUUGUACAUCGGUUCUGAGUCGAAACUCUCAGAAUCCAACAGCUCUCAAAAAGUCAGGCCCUUUCCACUUUAGCCCUCAAGGAGGUCUGUACCUGACAAAUCGGCUUGAGAAUGCGCAAGCAAUGAUCCGCCUUGAUCCCACAAAGUGUUCAUCAGUCAACAUUGACGGCCGUAUCUCCAAGUUCAUGAUUGCUACUUAUGAAUUUGACGACGCGGGUCUUCGCAUCAUGGAUCUCGACAAUUGGCAUUGGUAUCAACAUCAUGAUAACAUUCAACCUUCUCUACCUGUUUGGUGGGACAAUCAGAGCUUACAUAUCAUCCCUUAUAAAGGCCCAAACAGCCAGAAUGCAGAGAUUUAUCAAAGAUAUCUUUCCUCUCAUAUUGUGAUUGGUACACUUGCCCCUGCAACACAUUAUGGUCCUGGACUCACAGAUCUCUUCACACUCUGGGUGUUCAAGACAGCUUAUGAUCCUGAUCAUACUGGCGAGCUCAGGAUGGUGAAUCCCAUUGACCCCAUAUCGAAGCUUAAAUAUAAGGGCCGCUACAUACAGUGA